CACUUUCUUCUCUAGCAUUCCCAAAUUCUACUCAAUCUCUAGAGGUCUUCGUUUGCGAUUCUCGGCUUCUUUCGAAUCUUUGAGCAUGUCUUCCAAACCCACUAAUCCUGAACAAUGGCAGCUCGAUUCUUCCACUAUCAAGGAACCAGAGCUUGCUCUCAUCCGUUCAAGUUUCACCACCCAGAUACUGUGGGUGGCGAACAAACUAUGGCCUAUCUUCACAAAAGUGGAGGCAAAAAUUGAGAAAUGGGCCAAGAGGUACUUCGUCAUCGAAUUUCUGGAUCACAGCCCCAUGGAUCUUCCCCAUGUAGCGCUCCGCUUCGACUUAUGCCGGACUUCCUUCUCCAAAUCCUCUCUCAUGGAGAAGGCCUUCAAAGAGAUGAAGGGAGAGCCGAAAAGGGAAAAGGGAUCCAAAGAUGAGCCUGCUCUGGGAUCCCAUUCCUCUCCUGCAACUACUUUGUCUGUUUUGGAUGACGAAUCAAAACACUCCUCCCAUAAGGGGAGGGGCCAGGUGAUCAUAUCGGAAGAGAUGAAUUCCUCUUGUCGUAUUCCUCUAGAUGAUGCCCAGUCCAAGAAUCCAGCUGGUUCUGCAUCGAGCCCUUCCCCUGUUGUUGACAUAUCUUGCUCUAACCAGUCACUACAAGGUGGGCUGACCAUUGAGAGCCCCCCUGAACUUUUCCCGAGCUCCUUAGGCAUCCCUUCCCUGCAGGAGAUGGGGUCUGUGACUAGUUUCUCCCUGGAACAUGCUCUCACACUUUAGGGGCCAGGAGAUGGUCACAGGGUUGAUUGGCGAACCACACCACCCGGGUUCGAUCCCUAGAAGAUGCAAAUUUGGAGGAAUUUUAAAGAGUUAAGCGUGCUGGCAUGGGUGUAGCAGAAAUGAUGGGUGACCCCCUGGGAAGUAGAUUUGGGCUUAUGGGCUGGGCUUUAGAUUGGGCUUACUUUGGGCUUUCUAUAGUGGGCUAUCUAUCUCGGGUGUUAACGGGCCCCGGGGUAGUCACGAGGUUAACGGGCCUCGG